AUGGCGCCCAACCCAAGGCCUGACUCUAAUGGGAGAGACGGCGCGGCCGGCCAGGGACGGCUGGAAGCUCUUAGUGGACGUCUGGGCCGGAGAAAAGGAGUCGGGGGACCCAAGAAAGAGCGACGGAGGACGGAGAGCAUCAACAGCGCUUUCGCCGAGCUCCGCGAGUGCAUCCCCAACGUGCCCGCCGACACCAAGCUCUCCAAGAUCAAGACCUUGCGCCUGGCCACCAGCUACAUCGCUUACUUGAUGGAGGUGCUGGCCAAGGACAGCCAGCCUGGGGACACCGAGGGCUUCAAAGCCGAGCUCAAGAAGGCCGACGGCAGGGAGAACAAGAGGAAAAGGGAGACGCAAUACUCGUUGCUCCUUCCCCUUGUCAGCAGCGAUCGGCGGCUCCUGCCCUCCCAGGCCGAGCUGAAACGGUUUGAUUCGUUUGCUGUUGUAAAUACGAUCCCGAUCCCGCUCCCCGUCCGCUGCCUGAUCCACGUGUGGCUGCGGUGA